ACUAAAGAGUCCUCAGGAUUGUUCAAUAAAUGCAUCUUGAUGGAAUCUUUAAGGUUUAAAAGGCUUUUUAUAAUCAUAGAGGGCCCAACUUGCAACCAAUAAGAGUCUUCUUCUCCCUCCUCACUACUCUCACAUCACAAAGAAGAGAGAGAGAGAAGAUGGAGAGGUCGCUGCUUCAAUGGAGAUUACUGCCUCUUCUCGCUCUCAUCGCUUCUCUUCUCUCAGUCUUCUUCGCUUCUCGCUCUUACGAGAAGGAGACGCAGUGCAGUCUUCUUCCUCAUGAUCACUAUUGGAUCUCGAGCAAACGCAUCCUCACACCAGAUGGUCUCAUCUCCGGCUCUGUGGAAGUGAACGGAGGAGUUAUUGUGUCGGUGGUGAAAGAGGAAGAUUGGUAUAAAGAGCAAAGGAGCCGAGUGAAAGUGAUUGAUUAUGGAGAAGCUGUCAUCAUGCCUGGUCUUGUUGAUGUGCAUGCUCAUCUUGAUGAUCCUGGAAGAAGUGAAUGGGAAGGGUUUCCUUCUGGAACAAAGGCUGCUGCUGCUGGGGGUAUCACCACAUUGAUUGACAUGCCCUUAAACAGUGACCCUUCAACUGUAUCUCCUGAAACUUUGAAACUCAAGAUCGAAGCUGCGAAAAAGAGAAUACUUGUUGAUGUUGGUUUCUGGGGAGGGUUGGUGCCUGACAAUGCACUCAACUCAAGUGCUCUUUCGUCUCUCUUAGAUGCUGGAGUGCUUGGUCUCAAGUCCUUCAUGUGUCCUUCAGGGAUCAACGAUUUCCCCAUGACAAACAUCACUCACAUAAAGGAAGGUCUUUCUGUAUUAGCUAAAUACAAACGCCCAUUGCUUGUACACGCAGAGGUCGAAAUGGAUUCAGAGAUUGAUGAUGCCACCGAUAAUGAUCCUCGUUCUUACCUGACUUACUUAAAAACCAGGCCAACUUCAUGGGAGGAGGGAGCAAUCAGAAACUUGUUAUCGGUUACCGAGAACACAAGGAUUGGUGGUUCUGCAGAAGGAGCACAUGUUCAUAUUGUUCAUCUAUCUGAUGCCUCUUCUUCCUUGGAUUUGAUAAAGGAAGCGAAAGGCAAAGGAGACAGUGUUACCGUUGAAACAUGCCCGCAUUACCUAGCUUUCUCAGCUGAAGAGAUUCCAGAAGGCGACACUCGUUUCAAAUGCUCACCUCCCAUACGCCAUGCAGCGAAUAGAGAGAAGUUGUGGGGAGCUAUGAUGGAAGGAGACAUUGAUAUGCUGAGCUCUGAUCAUUCACCAACAAAGCCUGAACUCAAACUCUUGAGUGAUGGUAAUUUCUUGAAGGCAUGGGGUGGGAUAUCGUCUUUACAGUUUGUUCUACCAGUAACAUGGUCAUACGGAAGAAAGUAUGGAGUGACUCUCGAGCAGGUAGCUUCUUGGUGGAGCGAUAGGCCUUCCAAACUCGCUGGACUACACUCUAAGGGAGCUAUUGCUGUUGGGAAACAUGCCGAUAUUGUCGUCUGGGAACCUGAAGUGGAGUUUAAUCUCGAUGAAGACCAUCCUAUUCACUUCAAACACCCUAGCAUCUCAGCUUAUUUAGGAAGGAAGUUAUCAGGUAAAGUGGUUUCAACGUUUGUAAGAGGAAACUUGGUGUUUGGAGAAGGCAAGCAUGCUUCUGAUGCAUGCGGAUCUCUGUUACUCGCGACUUGAGACUGAAAAUGGAUUGUCACAUUUGUUACAAAUGUAAAUACGCGAUGGAAAAAAUAAAUAAGUCUCUUGUAUAAGAUUGAUUCAGUUGGUAUUGUUGCAGUAUAGCCUCAGAGAAGCUUGUUGUAAACUUUACCCUUUUUAUGAAAGUGACUCAACAGAUUUGUUGUAACUAAUGACUUGGGUUUUGUAUAAUGUAAAUAACUGAUUCUCAUUA